CUCCCCAUUCUUUUUCUUUCGAUCCUCAGCCGGGAGAAAACCACCAUUACGAUCACCAUCUUAACAACCUCAAAUUUCCGCUCCCUUGCUUGCUCACGGUUCAGUUUGCCAACCAGUUCGGACAACUUGUUUAGCCCACCCGAGUGCGAUGCUGAGGCUGAUUUUCCUGGCCGCGCUCGCCGGUCUCUCACGAGCAAGCGACGUGCUCGAAUACACCGACGCUGACUUUGACAGCAGCAUUGAAGACCAAGAACUCAUCCUUGUGGAAUUUUACGCCCCGUGGUGUGGUCAUUGUAAACGUCUCGCUCCCGAGUACGAGGCUGCGGCUACGCGACUGAAAGGCAUCGUCCCCCUGGCUAAGGUUGACUGCACAGCUAACAGCCAGGUCUGUAGUAAAUAUGGUGUCAGCGGGUACCCCACUCUGAAAAUCUUCAGGGCCGGAGAGGUAUCUGGGCCUUACGAUGGACCCAGAUCUGCAGAUGGCAUUGUGAGUUUCCUGAAAAAGCAGGCCGGACCCGCCUCUGUGGAGAUCGCCGAUGAGGAGGCAUUCCAGAAGUUUGUCGCAGAUAAAGACGCCAGCGUUGUUGGCUUCUUUGCUGACAGCCAAAGCACAGCGUAUGCAGAGUUUCAGAAGGCUGCAAGCGACCUGAGGGAGAAUUACCGCUUCGGCCACACCAGCAUAGAGGCGCUCCUAAAGAGUCAAGGCGUAGAUGGAGAGGGUGUCAUCCUAUUCCGCCCACCAAGACUCAGCAACAAGUUUGAAGACAGUUCGGUCAAGUUCAGCGAGGGGUCGUUAACAAAAAACAAAAUCAAGACAUUUAUUAAGGAGAAUGUUUUUGGAAUCUGCCCCCACAUGACUGAUGACAACAAAGACCAGCUGAGGGGAAAAGACCUGAUGGUGGCCUACUAUGAUGUGGAUUAUGACAAAAAUCCCAAGGGUUCCAACUACUGGAGGAAUAGAGUGAUGAAGGUCGCCAAGAGCUUUGUAGACCAGGGCAAGAAGCUCAGCUUCGCCGUGGCUAACAAGCUGUCGUUCAGUCACGACUUGUCUGAGUUUGGUCUGGAUAGCGCCACUGGAGAGCUCCCCCUGGUGGCCUUACGCACUGUCAGUGGUGACAAAUACGUCAUGACCGAGGAGUUUACUCGUGACGGAAAAGCGCUCGAGAAGUUCUUGCAGGAUUACUUUGACGGCAAACUGAAGCGUUACCUGAAGUCUGAGCCUAUCCCGGAGAACAACGACGGACCCGUAAAGGUUUUGGUGGCCGAGAACUUCGAUUCCAUCGUUAACGACGACAGCAAAGACGUGCUUGUCGAGUUCUACGCCCCGUGGUGCGGACACUGCAAGAGCCUGGAGCCCAAAUACACGGAGCUUGGAGAGAAACUUGCCAACGAUCCCAAUGUAAUCAUCGCUAAGAUGGACGCCACGGCGAAUGACGUGCCCUCGCCUUAUGAAGUCAGCGGAUUCCCAACAAUCUACUUUUCACCAGCUGGUAGUAAGAUGAACCCAAAGAAGUAUGACGGAGGUCGUGAGGUUAAAGACUUUAUUUCCUACCUGAAGAAGGAGGCGUCCAACCCCUUGGUGAUGCAGGAGGAAACCAAGAAGAAAAAGAAGAGGGGCGGUGAUGAUGGUGACCUAUAAAAGGAAGAGAAAAAAAAGUCCAAAGCAGGAAUUGGACAUUUCUGCUGUAAGUUUUGAAUUCAUUUCGGGGUGGGAAUCAACGACAGAAGUAAAUUCGAUUCCGCUUUCUUAGUGAACUAUUAAAUGCUCUGAAACUGAUUAGGUCCUCUGGCAAUACUGUGGAAGAAGAGCUGAGUUUUCCAAAUUUAUGAUUUUUGUUUAAUAAAAAAAAAAAAAGCCAUCUCUUC